GAGGAAGAAUAAAUGCAGCUGGGUGGUUUUAUACGACUGGAGCUUUUGAACAGAGUGGAUGGUUAUUUGAUCUGCUGCUGAUGGAGAGAAAUUCAAGAUUUACUAGAUUUAACUGAAGAAUUUUAAUUUAAGGUCUGAGAGAAGAUGAAGGACUAUCACAGUCUGUCUGAGAACAUGUUGACAGUCAACAUGUUACUGAGUGUCUUCUUUCUUUCAGGUGGCUUUGCUGAUCAUUGUCAAGGUCGUUUACCUUCCUUUGUCAUUGCAACACCAAAGUCCAUCGUAGCACUGAGUGGAUCUUGUUUGCAAGUCCCAUGUAGCUUCACAGAUAUAGUAGCAGAACAAGAUUUUAAAAGUGGAAAACAAACCUCUGCAGCAUGGAUUCCAAGUAAUAAGUUUAUUUUUGACAUCAGUCAGGGAUUUAAUAACCAUCAAAUAAAUAUUACUGGAAACAUAAAACAGAGAAACUGCACCACUGUGUUUUCUGAUAUAAAUACAACACAAGAAACGGAAUAUUUCCUCAGAAUCGAGAUGGAUACAUACAAAGGAACAGGUUGUUCUACUCCUCUAAAGAUUACAGUUCAAGAUUCUCCUGAGAAACCCAGUAUUGAACCUGAUCUGACAAAUCUGAAGGAGAAUCAGUCUGUCACUGUAACCUGCUCAGCUUUCACUCCCUGUCCACAAUCACCUCCUAAACUCACCUGGAAUCUCCAACAAGACUCUCUCAAUCAAACAGAGAAAAACACAGAUGGAACCUUUACAACUAAAAUCCAGAAGAACAUCACUCUGUCAGACACACAUGAUGGAUACAACAUCAGCUGUUCUGCCAGAUAUCCUGUGAUUGGAGGAAUCAAGACAGCAGAGACAGAAGUGACUCUCAGUGUUUCAUAUGCUCCUAGAAACACCUCAGCAUCCAUCAGUCCAUCAAGUUUGGUGUCAACAGGUACCUGGGUGGAGCUGAGCUGCUCCAGCAGAGCCAAACCUCCACCCAGCUUCACCUGGUUCAGGAACAGCACAAAUGGAGCCAUGAAUGUGUCUGUGGGGCCAGUUUACUUCAAUGCCACUGAGGGAGAAGAGUAUUACUGUGUGGCCACAAAUGAUCUGGGUACAAACAGAUCACCUGUGAUCCUAGUUACUAAUAAAGCAUUUCCAUUAUGGAUUGCACUUCUUCCAUCAAUCAUUGUCAUUUUGCUCAUCUGCCUGGUGAUCUGUGUUUGGUGUAAGUUCAAACAUCCAACUCCACGACAGACUCAGACUCAAACAGAGACGGAGGUUCAAAUGUCAGACAGAAAGCCAGAUGAAGAAAUCCACUAUGGUGAAGUGAGCUUCCUCCCGAGGAGACCUGAAGCCUCCGCCGUCUCAGUGCAGGACAGUGGACAGCAGGAGUUGGUGUACGCUUCGGUCAAAGGGUCUGCUGAUCGUUCAGAGGAUCUCUACGCUCAUGUGAAGAAAAACUAACUCAUGUUGUUGGAUCAAAACAUUCAUAUGUACUGUUGAGGAAAAAUGAUUAUUUUUAGUGCUUAAUACAGUUAAUCUUACGGCAUGUGUAAAAGGCAUAUUGAACACUCUUAUUUUGAACAAAUUUCUUAAUUUUGAACAAGUUUGUGUUAAGGAUUUAAAAUUAAACCAGAUGGGCAAGCAUUCAGACCACAGGAGGCCGUAAAAUUAGCAUCUUCUCCAGGGCACUAUUACUUGAGACUGGGAGAGAUAACGGGAGAGACUUCGGAUUUCACAGGCAUCUGUGAAAUCUUAUCUCAGGUUUCUCUGUACCCAAAAUGACCGUAGAACCACAGGGGGUCAGGACGCAGCUGUUGGCUCUUUUGUUUUACCAAGAGAGCAAAUGGCCUUUGAUCUUUGGCGUAAAUUAGGGGGAGUUUCUAAGUUUCUCUGAGUGUCCAGGGUAGCUUCAGGUUGGUCAACUAGAGGAACGCCUUAAUUGAAUAUAUUGAAAAGAGAAGACACACCUUCAGUACAAGACUUUGUGUACAGGAGUAAAAAAUUCAGAGAGCUGCCACUAUUUUGCUUUUUUGCAUCGGCUCUCUCCAAAGACGCGUUUUUGUUUUUUUGUUUGUCUUUGUCUUUGUCUGUCUUUGUCUGUAUAAGGUAAAGAAUG